GCUGCGGUGCGGGCCAGUGCGUGGUAGCCGGAUGGGCUCUAAACCGCAGGAGUGUUGUGCAAUUCUGCAACAUCAUUUCUGCCUCCUCGGUUUUUAAGAAGAAAACAAGAGUUUCAAAUCAAGACGUACAUCAUGACUGGCAAUCCAUGUAAGAGACUUGCCUGGAGUGACUAUGCCUUUGAUUCACAGCACAGACAAGAUCAUGAGAGCUCAAGUUCUCAUGAGGACCACAAGAAGAAAUCAAAAGAAAAGGAAGGGAGGCUGGCAGUCUGUCAGGGGGGCUUGGAUGUACAGCUCCUCAUUUCGUCUUCUAAGUGGCUUCAACUUUAUGGGCUCAAGAGAAAUAAAUUGUCCCUUUCCCAGAUUUUGUCACAAAUUGGAUUCCAGCACAGGGAAGAUUAUGUGAGCAGCUUGGGGAGACCAGUGGCUUCUCGGUAUGCGGCUGGCCUCUUUCCUCAGUACAUGAGAGCACAAGACGGCAGCGUGUACAAUCUGACAGCCAAAAAAGACCUGAUUCUUCAUUUUGUGGCUUGUCUCAUGAGAGCUAUUGAGCUCUACAAGCAGCGAAUGGACUGGCUCACCAGCGCGAGCCGGCAGAUAUUUGGCGUCAUUCAAGAGCAGUGCGUGGUCAUCGUGCUGGAUUUUGGCACCGCGUGCCCCGCUGAAUUUGAUCUCUGCUGUGAUGCGCUUUCCAUGGUCCUCACGGAACAGGUGACCCAAAUUGCCAAAUUUAACCUCAUUCGGGCGGCCCGGGACCUCGUGAGGUGGCGCGAGCAGCCGGCGGCCGUGUGCGAGCAGGCGGUGAGCUCCGCUCUGGGGUGGCUCCGGACGCUGGCGCGCGGCGCCGCCGCCGGCCCCGGCAGCUCCGCCGAGGCGCUGCUGGAAGCCAUGGGCCACGAGACGGUUGAAGCUGUUUAUUUAUUUGCUGUGGGUGAUGUUCCUGAAGACACAAGGCAGCUGCUUCGGCAGAAGGUUUGUGAUGGCCCCUGUCCUGUCAACACUGUAUCUUUCAAUGCCAGGGAAGAUGGAACUGUUAUUUUCCUGAAGGAGUUGAGCCGCUUGACUUCUGGCAGAUUCCAUGCUUUUGUUGAGAGGAUUGACUAUAUGGAUACUACUGGACCCACACUAAAAUGUGAAGAGGAUGGAAACAAUUCGAUUGCCCAGAAUACCAGAAAAGUGAAAGGGCGGAUACCUCUAGUAGCUGGUGUCCGUGAAGAUGUCUUCCUGAUCUGGAAUGAGCUGGAGGAAGCCAGGAGUACACUGACACAAGUCCAGAAAAUUUUAUYAGAAUCUGACCAGCCUGCUUCUCGAAAUGCAACCCAGCCUGAUCGUUCACCACAGGAGCAUAAGUCUGAUGAAUAUUUGUCCUCCGAGGAGUGGUUGCAGAAGUAUGGCCUGAAAGCUCGGAAGCUGACGCUCUAUGAUGCACUUGCUGAUUGUAGUUUUCGCCACGCUGAUGGGAUUGUUGACAUAAAAAGGAAACCAGAGGAUGAAUCUUCACAAACUGAUGCUGAGACAAAGAGGAAGAUUAUUCAUGCAAAAUACUGUGACAAGUUUGUACAGGCCUUCUGGAAAGAUGGCUCUGUAGUUCAUGUGCAUGUUACUACAGAAAAAUACAAGCAGUAUGAAGAGAAAAUGAGAACUGCUCUCAGACAAGUGGAAGGAAGGAUUAAGUGGCUUCAGCAAGGAAGCAGAGGGCUCUUUGGAAAUGUGUUUGAAGAUGAUGUCUAUAUUCUUAUUGAUACGUCUCAGUCUAUGAAGGACAAGUUGUCCCUGGUGAAGGAGAAGAUAUUUCAGCUCAUACAGGAACAACUGAGACACAAAAAGAGAUUUAACUUUGUGAAAUUUAGUGCUCGAGCAGUGGCGUGGCAAGAGAGACUGGCUGAAGUUAAUGAGGAGAAUUUGCAGGAUGCUUGGCUUUGGAUAAAAGGACUUGAGGUUGGGACUUCCACAAAUACUCUCCGAGCUCUGCAGAUUGCUCUUGCUGACACUGGCACUCAAGCCAUUUACCUUUUGACUGAUGGGAGACCUGACCAGCGCCCUCAAACAAUCUUGGCUCAAGUCCAGCUUCACCAUAAGAUUCCCAUUCAUACUGUAUCCUUCAACUGUGAUGACACAGAAGCCAAUAAAUUUUUGCAUGAACUAGCUACAGAAACAGGGGGCCGGUUUCAUUAUUACAACAUUUAUUUGACUGAUCCCGACGCUGCAGAGACUAUUGUUAGUGAAGAUAUGCGCCUUCUAAGAAGAGAGAUUGAAAAGGGAGAAAGAGAUCUAGAAAAAGUGAAGAACUUUCAUGAAGAAUGUCUGAUGAUGGAUUGGUGUAAUGGAGAAAAAAGCACAGAGAACAACGACGCUCCCAGGCAGGUCCUCGCCGUGUCCCCUGGGAGCAGCCGCGCUGCAGAGCGGAGCGCAGCUCCCAGCAAGAGGCCGCGCUCAGCCCCGGGAGAGCCCGCGGCCGCCUGGCACAGCACGGCGGGCAGCCCGGCCCAAAGGAGGAAGGCCCUUCAUGCAGAACAAACAAAGACAAGUCUGUUGAGAAUCCUGAGCCAUAGAAUGAAAUCUAGGGAAGAAAGCCCAGAGGAAAGAGCAUCUCCUGAAAAAAAGGAGGUUUCUGGCAGAAAGAAUGUGAAAUCUGCAUCCACUCUCAAAGAUCUGAAAAUGCAGGGAGAUGUGAGAAGACCGGCUAAAAGUUCUGCAGGUGCCUCCUCGGCUCGGUGGUUGAGGACUCAUGGCCUGGUCGCCAGACAUCUCACCAUCCUGGACGCCUUAGCUCCCACAGCUAUCCCUCACGGCACGACGUACGUCCCAGUUCUGGACAAGCACGUGGGCUCUAAAGUGUUUGAUGAGGUUUUACCACUGGCCCAUGUUAGCAGCGACAAGAAGCGGAUCACACUAGUUAAUCCUCAGGCAGUGAAUCUUGAUGCCUAUAAAGAGAAACUGGAGCAAGCAAUUAAAUCCUAUGAAAGACGCCUCAAUCUACUUAUUUGGAGAGCGCUGCCUCAAGAUGAACGAGACAAGUUUAAAGAGGAUGGGCCAAUCCAGUAUAUGCAGAAUAAGGAAGCUUUGCUGGAGGCUUUAGAAAACCUGGGAUGGCCAAUUUCAUAUGAAGAUGUAACAUUGUUAGAAGAUGAGUUACUGACAGCAUUAACAUACAAGCAACAAGCCUCUGAUCUUCAGGAAGCUGUAAAAAAAGAAACUGAGAAAAGCUCAGAGUCACACACUGGCAAUGGCAAAAAGAGACCUGAAGAAGAAGGUGUAAAGUCACAGUCUAAAAAAAGACAAAAAGGCAAAGUAUUUCUGACUCUCAGAAGCCAAAAGGUGAUUGCAAGAUCAGACAUCACCGGAUUUUAUUAUCCAGGAACUGUGAUAAAGAAUAUCAGUUCUACCCAUGCACUUGUUGACUUCAUCCAUGGGGAGGCCUGGGCUGUACCCGUGAAGUUCAUGAUAUCUGUAGGGGGGGCCAUGCCCUGUCCCUGUCUGCAGAUUGGAGACUACGUGCUUGCCAGGACUUGCACACACACUGGAAAUGAUUAUUAUGUUCCUGCCAUUGUCAUCUCAACACCAAAGAGAGUGGAAACAGAUAAUAAGCUCUACACAGUUCUGAUGUUCAACAACAGGAAAGAACACUGUGUAAGAAGUGAGCUUAUUAAAAUCAGCCAAACAAAAUAUGCCUUUUCCUGCCGAUACAUAAGAAUGGUGCAGAUGGCAGAUUACAUGACUCUGGACAAAGAGACCAAGAAGUCCCAUCCUCACUCAUCUCCAAGAGAUGAAGCAGGAGAGAAAGCAAAGAAAAAUGUUAUGAAAGAGCACAUGGGAAAAAAGAAAAAGAAGAGGAGAGCAGAGGAAAAAAAACAUCCCAAGGAGAGAACAUCAGACUCUGAUGAUGUUCUGUUUAUCUCCAGGAGGGAAGUAAAACACGGGGAAAAAAAAUCACUACCUGAUAAUGAAGAGGAAUUUGAAGGUAAAGAACUAAGCUGUAGAAAACUAUAAAUACUAGGUAUUAAACAGAUCUCAUAGACUUUUAGUUUAUGCCCACCUA